UGUCGCACUGAUCUCUACUUCUGGGAAGCUAAGGGACAAACACCACUAUUUCCUCGCAUAUUUGGUCAUGAAGCUGCUGGAAUUAUAGAGAGUGUUGGUGAAGGGGUAUCGGACCUCCAAGUUGGUGAUCACGUGCUUCCAGUGUUCACCGGGGAAUGUGGUGAUUGUGCACACUGCAAGUCUGAGGAAAGUAAUAUGUGCGACCUUCUGAGAAUAAACACAGAUAGAGGGUUUAUGCUUAGUGAUGGAAAGUCUCGAUUUUCCAUCAAUGGGAACCCAAUAAAUCAUUUCCUUGGUACAUCGACCUUCAGUGAGUACACAGUUGUUCAUUCUGGCUGUCUAGCAAAAGUCAAUCCAUUGGCACCUCUGGAUAAAAUCUGUGUCCUUAGUUGUGGUAUCUCGACUGGAUUAGGUGCAACUCUGAAUGUAGCAAAACCAAAAAAGGGCUCAUCUGUUGCCAUUUUUGGGCUGGGAGCAGUUGGCUUAGCUGCUGCUGAAGGUGCUAGAAUUGCUGGGGCAUCAAGAAUUAUUGGA